AUGGUCUGGCCCUGGAGCAAAAGCUCGGAUGCGCCCACAACCCCAGCCAAGGACUCUCCUCCCCAGGCCAAACCGGCGCCGUCUGCCACGCUCGAUGUCAAAAAGGAGACUGGCAAAUUCGACCCGGACAAGCUCCCAGAGAGAGAAAAGCUGCCGCCCAAGCUACAGAGCAUCCUCGACAAGGACGACAGAGAGGACAACUUCUUUGACGAGCUGGUCGAGGGAUACGUCCCGCCGUCGACAGAGUCCAACGUCCGAUACGCCGCCUACGCGGCCCGGUUCCGCACCAUCCUCGUCUCGGCGCACCGCUAUGUAGCCUACACGUCGGACAUUGGCGAGUCGUUCCGGCCCGUGGCGCACCCGUGGAUGGUGCGGGGCGCGUACGGCAUCUCGUGGGCCUACAUCCUCGGCGACGUGGGCUACGAGGGCUACAAGGCGUACCUGCACAACGAGCGCGUGCGCAACCCGCAGCUCGAGCUGACGGAGCGCCAGCAGAAGCUGCUCGGGCUGGACCUGCAGGAGGACGCCGCCGGCGGGUCCGCGCGGCGGCAGCUGGCCCCCGGCGUCGUGCCGCCGCUCGAGGACUACCGCACCGUCAUGCUGCAGCGCGGCAUCUUCCAGAGCCUGGCCAGCAUGGGCCUGCCCGCCUUCACCAUCCACAGCGUGGUGCGCUACAGCGGGCGCGCCCUCAAGGACGUCAAGAACAAGACCAUCCGAACCUACGGCCCCAUCGGCCUCGGCCUGGCCGUCGUCCCGUUCCUCCCCACGCUGUUCGACAAACCCGUCGAGAACGCCGUCGAGUGGACGUUCCACAAGGCCUUCGAGUCCGUCGGCGGCCACGAGGCCGUGGGCGCGGCCUCGCAGAUUGGAAGAGAGAAGCAGCUCAGCGAGAGGCCGAGGGAGAAGAAGCCCAAGGAGAAAGACCUCUAA